AUGACGCGUCGCAAGUUUCGUGCCGAUGUGGCAGCCGCCAUAAAUAUAUCAAUCCCGGGCAUUUCUUCUGUGAGCCUUGGCCCUGAUGACGGUGAGGUCGUUUGCAUCUACACUAGUAAUCGAUCUGCGGCUCAGAUACCUCUACGUCUCACCACUGCAAGUGUCGACGACUAUCCGCAUCAUCAAGGCUUCCACGGGAGCACCGAAUGCGAUGAUAUUCCCAGCAGUAUCAUGGGUAUCCUUGGCCGCCUUGUCUACUCGACGCAAGGCAGGUCAGUGAUCGACAGCCUCGCGAUCCUUUCGAACCAGCUGGAAACCGCGCUUGGGUCGGCUGCCACGGCGCAGAAAUCUGAAGACCAUGUCUCUGUUGCCGAUGCCACCGACUCUUGGCCUGAGGAUGAGAUCGACGGUGACACGGAUGUUGAAUUUGAGGACUAUGAUCUCGAGAUUCACGACAAUACAGCAAGUGGGAUAGACUUGCAUCCUAUCGCGGCUAGCAGCCAGAACCAAGUCAAGAGGAAUGUUCGCCUACGCGAGGAUCUCGCCAAGGCAAGAGAGUCCAAUCUAUCAUGGGAUCACGCGCAGCCUGGAAAUGCUAGCCCAUUCGAAGAGCGACCACCUUCAGGGUCUUACGAGUGCCCCGGAAGCUGUGGCGGCAGACAGGAGGCUGAAGUGCUCAUCUCUCCCACCGCGCCCUACAAACUCAACCAAGACUACCUCACCCGAAACCCUGAAUUUGGCUUUUUUGGCCUGCUGGAGAUAUCCAACCUGUCUAACGCGAAGCAUGAGCGCAUUCUCCCCUUGUUUGCCAUGCAGUUCGCGCUGCGUUACUUUUGUCAAUUGUACAAAGUACUGCAUGGUUUGCCAUCUCAAGAUUUCGGACGCUUUGCCGGCAUCACCCCUUAUGUGUGCGACAAUUCCCUGUGUCUCUACCAGUACAUGUCUCUUGGCUUCGGCCCCAGUAUCGAACAUCAGAUUUUUAGCCAACCCCUUGUCGUCGACCUCCUCAUCACAUUCUUCAUGAUUAGCUUGCAGCAAAAUAAGCUCCGGGAAUUUCCUGAUGGGUUGAAUCUGCUCCUUCCGUUGCCGAUCUUCUCAAGAGCAAUUGAUGAAGAUUCCAAUCAAUGUAUCGUCAACUUCAGUCAGCGUCAAUUGUUCCGAACCCGCACGGAUGGUACAAUUAGUGAGGUAGUAUCCUCUCUGAAGCUGGGGGAUGUCUUUCUCCUAGCCAGAGUGGAAACUUUGUCACUGGAUGCUGGAUUCGAUACUUAUCACUGCGUCGUAGUAUCUUUCGACUACGCUGAGGACGCAAUCAUGUUCAAGUGCUUCGCAACCAUCCCUAGCACUUCUUCGUCUCAAACAAGUGGAGCUUCUACAAAAGUUGAUCCGUCGAUUCAUGUUGAUGGUAAAAAGGACUACUUCAUACACCCUUUCGAACAUGAGCUCAGCGAGCUUAACCCGUAUCAAAGGGCGCAUUCUCUAGCCUUGAUCACUGGUAGCUUGCCUGCCGUUGAAACCAUGCGCCAACACCUCAUGAGCAAGCCAAAUGCCGCCAUUGAAGACUGUCCUGGCAUGGGUAAACCAUCGCUGGCACUGCUGAGGUGGAUCAUUGCGUCCAAUCGAUCCAUGAUUGUGCAAAUCGAUUCUGCAGAUAACAUCGCAACAGACAGCAUGUCGAGUAGAGCGUGCGAGAAGCUAUCUGGUAUUUCCACACGAUGCGUCCAGUUUCGAUUUGCUCAAGGAUCUCCAGACAAGGAGCAGCGGUUGAUCGAGGCGGUCAGAGCUAAUUCAUUGACCAAAGCGGCCCCUACGAUCUUUGCUUGGCAUGGAAGUUCCUUGGGAAACUGGCACAGCAUUAUUCGCCAAGGCCUGGACUUCUCUAGGGUUGUCAAUGGUCGAACAUUCGGCAACGGCGUCUACUUCAGCCCGUAUUGGGAAACGAGCAGCUGCUACGCAGCACCACCCGCAUAUACAGGCACGUAUGGUUGGGUCAGGUCACAGCUACAGCCAUUAUCUGUCAUCAGCCUUUGUGAGAUUGUGAAUAACCCCGAUGCGUUCGUCAGUACCAACCCGCACUAUGUCAUUGCGGAUGUCGACUGGAUACAGUGUCGAUAUCUGAUUGUACAGAGUGCCACGGCCCCGGCUAUGCGGCCCCAGGAUGACAUUGAGCUGGUUCCUGUUGCACCGGGCACCGCCUAUCUCAAACAGGAUCCCAAAUACCGGGUAUAUGGCCCCUUGACCAGAAUGUUGGAGAUGAGCGGCGCCGGCGCCCCAGUUGGUAUUCCCGAAACAGCUUCCUCAGGCGCACGUCUAAGCCAACAACUCACAAGCCCGAUUGAGAAUGUGGUUCUCGAUGAUGUCGAGACUGGCGAUUCUUCUGUGGAAGAUUGCGAUUUUGAAAAAUGGGUGGGAGACAUCGGCCCCGAAAAUGGUGGACCGGAAGCUACGUCAACAACUGCUGUCAUCUUGAAUUCCAGAAAAACCGACUUCCGACCAGGAACGCUUGACAUAAAGUCUCUCCCUAAGCUUCCAGUCCCCACCUGGGCCAUGGACAGUGGUCGACGGGCACUGGGCCAUGAAUUGAAGAAGCUGCAAAAGAUCCAGGCGACGACACCACUCCACGAGUUGGGGUGGUAUAUUGACUUCAACAGCAUCGAAAACCUGUUCCAUUGGAUCGUCGAGCUGCACAGCUUUGACCCUAUGCUCCGUCUCGCCCGAGACAUGAAGAGUGCGGGUGCUCGGUCUGUUGUUCUUGAGCUGCGAUUCGGCCGCUCGUUUCCUCUGUCGCCGCCCUUUGUGCGGGUGAUCCGUCCUCGGUUCCUGCCUUUCAUGGCCGGCGGAGGGGGACACGUCACAAACGGCGGCGCCAUGUGCAUGGAGCUGCUGACCAACUCGGGAUGGUCUCCUGCCACGAGCCUCGAGAAUGUCCUGGUACAGGUCCGCAUGGCGAUGUCUAGCGAGGACCCGCAUCCAGCGAGGUUGGACUACCCAGCCCCCUACCAGGCGAGGGUUGCUGAUUAUGGCAUUGAUGAAGCUAUCGUGGCGUUCAAGCGGUCAGCAUUAGCGCACGGAUGGGAAGUUCCAUCUGAUUCUGACGAAACGGCUCGGCUGGCUUGA